GACGAGUCCUCGGCGAGUUCCAGCCCACCGGAGCUUUGGCUUAAAAGGAAACCCGUCAGUCUGCCUGCUGGAGUCGAUGAGGAGGAAACAAGAUGGCGUCCACCAGCCGCUUGGACGUUCUGCCUAGAGUGACAUGUCCAAACCACCCAGAUUCCAUUUUAGUAGAAGAUUACAGAGCUGGAGACAUGAUUUGUCCAGAAUGUGGACUUGUUGUAGGUGACAGAGUAAUAGAUGUAGGGUCAGAAUGGCGAACAUUCAGCAAUGACAAAGCAACUAAAGACCCAUCUCGAGUUGGAGAUACCCAGAAUCCUCUCCUUAGUGAUGGAGAUUUGACUACAAUGAUUGGCAAGGGGACAGGCGCAGCUAGUUUUGAUGAAUUUGGGAAUUCAAAGUAUCAAAAUCGUCGCACCAUGAGCAGUUUUGACCGUGCAAUGAUGAACGCCUUCAAGGAAAUUGCUAGCAUGGCCGACAGAAUCAACCUGCCCCGCAAUAUAGUUGAUCGAACAAAUAAUUUAUUUAAACAAGUGUAUGAGCAGAAGAGCCUGAAGGGGAGAAGUAACGAUGCCAUUGCAUCCGCUUGUCUCUACAUUGCUUGCAGACAAGAGGGAGUUCCUAGGACAUUUAAAGAAAUAUGUGCCGUUUCCAGAAUUUCCAAAAAAGAAAUAGGCCGGUGUUUCAAACUCAUCUUGAAAGCUUUAGAAACAAGUGUGGAUUUGAUCACUACUGGAGAUUUCAUGUCCAGAUUUUGUUCCAACUUGGGUCUUCCUAAGCAAGUCCAGAUGGCCGCAACACACAUUGCGCGUAAAGCUGUGGAAUUAGAUUUAGUUCCUGGAAGGAGUCCUAUCUCAGUUGCAGCUGCUGCUAUUUAUAUGGCUUCACAAGCCUCAGCUGAAAAGAGAACACAGAAAGAAAUUGGAGACAUUGCUGGUGUAGCUGAUGUUACAAUAAGACAGUCAUAUAGGCUGAUUUAUCCACGUGCUCCAGACCUUUUCCCAGCAGAUUUCAGAUUUGACACCCCAGUGGACAAACUGCCCCAGCUGUGAAACUUCAAAGCCCUGCAAAAUAAUUUUUGACUUAGAAAAGCACUAAGCAUAUAAAAGCAGUCCUGUCAAGCCUUCAAUUGCAGGACUGGUGAAUGAAAGGAGAUGGAAAAACUGAUCGGAUGAAAUGGAGCACACAUUCCAGAUGUAAACAAAAUAAUUUUGUGGCAUUUUUAUGUAUAUAUUAGUGAAUGUAAGUAUUUAACAACCAUUGCAGCAAAUUUAAUUUUCUAUUCUGUGUAUUUAGAUUUCUUUCAGACAGAUCUGGUAAAAUGUAUUUUGGAAAAUAUUUCAAAUCAGAAUAAACUGUUUUCCAAAAAACAGUACUGACCUAUAAGUUUUACUGUAUGUAACUUUGUUCUAAAUAAAUAUCCAAGUGGAAAAUGUAAUCUUUAAAAGUUGUUCAGUUUUCCAAAUUAGAUGCUGUACAUGGAUUUUACAUUGUUUCUUGAUAACUAUUAGUUAGUUAUAAUGGGAAGUUUUAAUUCAGAGAAAAUAUAGUUCAAAAUAUAGAAAAUUUUCUAUUCACCUUAGGAAAAAGAUUAACCAUGUCAAGUUUAUACUUUGAUUCAUUUUAUUUAAAGUCCCAUAAAUCAAGAGCAUGUCUUUUCGUUACCUUGUGUGGCUAUUUGAAAAAAUGAUCUGACCAUAUUAUGUUCAUGGUCUCUGUCAUAAGAGGCAGAUUUUUCUAAGUUUUGAAUAGAAGUGGAACAAUCACCGUUUCUAUCUUCACAAAGCCAGGAACAUUUUUUGGUCAGUGAUGACGAUAGUCUAGUUAAAAACAAGUAGACUAUUACUAAGGCAUUGAAAACAGUUGAGUACCAUUUUUGAACAGGAAGGAAACUGAAUCCAAGGUUCUUCAUCCUACAUGUGCAAAUGUUUCUGUCCAACUUGAUAUUCUAGCAGCUCCCUGCUGCCAUUACUGUUUUCUUUAGCAGAGCUGAAGUCAGUUUAAAUACUGAAACACAGCUGAGGUCAAAGAAAACAGCAGGAGUGUGUGUAUAUUUGUAUGUGUGUGUGUAAGAAAAGUGAGUGGGGGGGAGGGAGAUCCAUAGUUCCCUCCAGGCCAUUGAGAUGGAACUGGGAAAAUGUAUAGUUUAAUGAUUAUGCAGCAUUUAGGUGAAUUAGGAAUAGAAUCUUUUGACUAGCUCUUGUCCAAAUUGCAAAAUCAGGUUCGCUCCUUUGAGUGGGGAUGUCAUUUGCCGCUUCAGCAGCUAUAACAUGACAGAGCUUAUGGUAAUUUAAAAAAAAUAAUUUUAAGUCUGCUUAGUACAAAGCUUUACAAUGUAUAUGAAAAAUAAAAUUAAUCCUGGAGGCUCA